GGACGGUGUACGUUGCAGCAUCGGCAGGCGUGUGUUAGCGAGAUUAGUAAGUGAUUGCAAUGUCUGAGACUAAGGCCAAGGCAGGCAGUGUCAGAAGCGACUUAGCCAAGAUCCUGGAAUCUUCAGAUGGCGCGGAUGUGACUCUAGUAGCCGGCAGCUUGGAACUUCUAGCACACAGUCAAAUCCUGGCAGCGAGGAGCCCUGUAUUUGCAGGCAUGUUGCGGAAUGACAUGCGAGAAGCCCGCAGCCGCCGGAUUGAGAUAACCGAUGUGGAGGAAGCUGUCUUAAAACAGAUGUUGAUGUUCAUAUAUACGGACAUGGCUCCAGAGCUGGGAAGCAUGGCAGCAGAGUUAAUAGCUGCCGCUGACAAGUAUGACGUGCCACUGCUUAAAGAGAAGUGUGAGGAGAAGAUGGUGCAGGACAUGAGCGUGCAGAACGCCGGCUCUGCUGCGGCCCUGGCUGUGCUGCACCGUUGCCCAGGUCUGAGGGACACCGCUGUGAAGUUCAUAGCGGGGAACCUGGAAGUGAUGGCCACUGAAGGCUGGGCGCGAAUGCUGCGGGACAGCGCAGAGACUGCGGUGGAGAUAUGCCAGCAGGUGGCGGCGGAAGCUGCAUGCCUUCCACGCAAAGAAGUAUCAGAGGAAAGCAUCAAGGGCCAGACAGACCAGGUGCUUGACCUGGUCCGCAUAGGAGCACCACUUGAUGCGAGGGGUGACGAGCAGCGCACUGCCCUGUCCUUGGCGGUGGCAAACAAUCAUGAAGCUGUUGUCAAGUUCCUGAUCGAUGUUGGGGCAGGCGUCUGUGUCCAGGACUCCACUGGGAGGACACCUCUACACAUAGCUGCAUGUAGGCCUGGCGAGCAGCUCAUAAUAUGGAUGCUUUUGGCAGCAUCACCACCUAUUGAUGUAAAGGAUAAUGCGGGGCAGACUGCACUCCAUCUGGCUGCCAUUGGCAGGUGUUUCUUUGCAGCAAAGGCACUGCAUCUGGCUGGUGUGAGAAAGGACAUAAAAGAUAACAAAGGAAAAGUACCUACACAGUAA